GGUCCAGGUGAGCUGGUGUUUAUAAAGCAGCAGCCUGAUAGCAGCACACAUUUAGAUACAGCAGAUAACAGAGGUGAUAGAGUACCGACUGCCAGACUUUUUUGUAGGAGCAACACAACAUGAAAAUAUUUUUUCUUCUAGCUGCCAUAGCUGCAGCAUCACAGGCCCAGACCGACUGCUCGCAGGGGGCUUGUUACCCACCCAGCAAUGACCUGCUGCUGGGCCGGGUUCACCAGCUCCACGCCUCCUCCACCUGCGGCCUCACAGGGUCCGAGGUCUACUGCACCCCAUACCAGCAGAGGAGGAUGAAGUGUUGUCCUUGUGACUCCAGGAACCCAAACGGUCAGCUGGCCCACACUGUCCAAGAUGCCCUGUCCACUUCUGGACCAGAUAAAUGGUGGCAGUCUAAGAAAGAGGCCAGUCCAGUCACUCUCGAGUUGGACCUCGACAGCCUGUUCCAGCUUGACAACCUGGUGCUCAGCUUCAAGGGCCCUCGUCCCAAUGCCUUUGUUAUAGAGAGGACACUGGAUAAUGGCAAGACGUGGCAGCCUGCUCUCUACUUGGCUACAGACUGUCCAAAAGCUUUUCCUGGCAUCUCCACAACAACACCUCUUAGCCUGGAAGAUACAUACUGCUACACACUGCCCCCUACUGGAGCAAAUCCAUACCAAGAUCACACUAUCCAGUUCAGUCCGUUGCGUCAGUAUGCUUAUGUCCCAGCUCCCAAAAGCCAAAAAAUUGAAGAUGUGACUGGGUUAACGGGGCUGAGGGUGAGGCUGACAGAGCUCGGUGAUGUGCCACGUCUACCAGGCAGAGCUCUCAGUCGAUUUUACGCACUCAAGGAGAUGAGGGUGAUGGGCAGCUGUAUGUGCCAUGGACAUGCCAACCGAUGUCUGCCAGAAGCAUACAGCAACCAACUGUCCAACAGCAUACAGGUGAAUCCUCAGUGUGACUGCCAGCAUAACACAGCAGGUGUAAACUGUGAGCGUUGUGCUGAUCUCUACAAUGAUCUGCCCUGGAGACCUGCAGACGAGGGCAACACUCAUACCUGCCAACGCUGCGAGUGUAACAACCAUGCCCAGCGCUGUCAUUUUGACCAGGCGGUGUACGAGGCCAGUGGGUGGAGGAGUGGAGGUGUGUGUGAGGGCUGUAUGCACCACACCACAGGGCCGAAGUGUGACCAGUGUGCCCCAGGCUACCAGCCAAACCCCCGCAGUCGAAUGGACCGUCCUGAUGCCUGCAUACGCUGUAUCUGCAGUGCUGAGGGGACAGUGAAUGGGGGCCGGUGUGACGACAGCACAGGCUCAUGUCAGUGUAAAGUGAAUGUUGAAGGGCCGCGCUGUGACCGCUGUAAGAGAGGCUACUAUGGCCUGAGCGCCUCCAACCCUCUGGGCUGCUCCAAAUGUUCCUGUUCUCCAGAUGGGUCACUGUCAGACGUUUGUGAUGCAGUGACCGGCCAGUGUCCCUGUCGUCCCCACUUCCAUGGGCUGACCUGUGAGGGGUGUUCCAAAGGAUACUGGAAACCAUUGCUGUCAGGACGCUGUGAACCCUGCAGCUGUGACCCCACCAGGUCAUACAGUGACACCUGUGACCAGGUGACAGGUCAGUGUCAGUGCAGACCAAACUUUGGAGGCCGAACAUGUACCGAGUGUCCAGACAACACAUAUGGAGACCCUCUCUUAGGCUGCCAGCCAUGCCAGUGUGAUGCUGAAGGAACCCUUCCAGAAGGUUGCGACAAGCAGACAGGAGCCUGUUUGUGCCGGCCAGGUGUCACCGGGGCCCGCUGUGACUCAUGCGGUCCUGGACACUGUGACUCCUUCCCUGCCUGUGAGACAUGUCCCUCCUGCUUCUUCACCCUGGGCGCCCAGAGACAGAACCUCAGCUUAGCUCUGGAGAGACUCUCUCCCAGCUUCCCUUCUCGUCCUGGAGGUGGUGGUGAUCUUGGAAACUUUGGGCCUCGCAUCCACGCCCUGGAGGCCAGCCUGAACCUGAUCCGGAACUCCAUCUCCCUUCCACCUAGUACAGCCAGACAGGUGGAUGAUGCUUUGUCCCAGCUGAACAAGCUCAGGGAUCAGGUAGACAAGGUUAAUGAUGCCCUUUCACCCUUGGCAAGAACUCCUGGUCUGGACUCAGAGCUGGACAAACUGCAGGCUCUGCUGGACCGCCUCUCUGUUGAAUACAAAGCUAAGAAAGAUGCAAUGGACAACUCCAUCAGUCCCAACAAUUCAGGAGCAUUUUCUGCCAUCAAGGACGCCUAUGAUGAGUCUACAGAUGCAGCUAAGAGAGUGGAUGCCAGUGGAAACAAAGUGAAGGAGUCAGCUGAUGUCAGAGAAGAGACUACAGACCUUCUAAACCAAACACAGCCAGCCAACACCAGAGAUCUGGACAACCUGAACCAGAGCAUGGCCUCCCAACCUGACCUCACUCCUGUUGCCAAGCAGGUAUGUGGCAGUGUUCGGGUGGAGCCCUGCACCCCUCUCCAGUGUGAAGGUGGGGACUUGUGUCCACCAGAGGGAACUCCGCCUUGUGAAAAGGGACAAACAUGUGUGGGUGCCCUGCCUCUGAGCAAGAGGGCUGACGCUGAUGCUAAGGAUGUGAAAGAUCGACUGGACAAGCUCACUGGGAAGAUCACAGAGGCUACAGAGAAGCUCCAGCAAACACAGGAUACCACUAACCAGGUGAGACAGUCUGCAGAGAAGCUGUCCAAUAAGAUGAAGCAGGCCAGAGAUGAGCUUGAGGACGACUUAAAGGAGACGCUGGAUGUUGUGAAAGAGCUCAAAGAUUUCCUGUCAGACCCGACCUCCAACCUGACCCACAUCCAGGAGGUGAGCGACUGGAUCCUGAAAGCCAAACUGCCGCUCAGCCUGGCUGCUCUGAAGAGGAAGCUGGAGGAGCUGAAGAAUCUGGCAGCCAAUCUACCAGACAGCACGGCUGUGCUGAACGAGGCUGAGCCGCAGCUGGACUCAGCAAGAAAACUGCUGCAGGAAGCCCAGGAUGCCAGGGACACGGCGCAGGGAGUAAAGGCGGAUGUGGACGGUUUGCUGGCAGGCUUUGGCUCAGUGGAGGGCUCCCUCUCUGACCUCGAGGAUAAGCUGCAGGACAGCAUGGAUCUCAUUGACAACCUGAACAACAGCCUGACCAAGGCCAAAGACCAGCUGAGCCCAGCAGAGAAAGCUCUGGAUGAUGUAUCUUCACUGAUAAAGCCAAUGAAACCUCAACUGGAUGAGCUCAAAGACCUGCUACAGAACGGCAGACAGCAGGCUCAGGAUGCACAGGACAAUGCAGACGAUGCUGAGGGUGAAGCAGCUGCUGCAAAUCAGGACCUGUUGAAUUUGGCGAAGCAGCUGGAUCGUCUUAAGGACAAGGCUCCAGACAGUGGGCCAGGUGGAGAGGCGGGACAGGUGGGGGAUCGACUGGCGAAGCUGCAGCGGGAUGCUGGAGUUCUGGCCAACACCACUGAAAACAUGAUGAAGGCUCUGGAAGGUAAAGGAGAUUCCCUCAAGUUGCUGCAGGACGAAAUCCUUCAGAAAUCAACAAAGCUUGAAGGACUUGAUGCAAAGCUGAAAGACCUUUUGGCACAACUUCGUAAAAAAGCCCACGACCUCAGCACCUGCCAGGGUUAAAAGUCAACACUUCAAACCAGCCCUGCACACCAUUCGCACCUUCUACUGUCAGAACAAGUCCUCACUUUGCUUAACUCACCGUGGAACACAGCUGUAAUUCUUCUCUAUAACACUGUACCUCUACUUUGACAGUUGUCAAAGAACUGUGGGAAAUGUAGGAAAUCACUUUCUGGGGUUGAAUGAAAUAGGACAAUUCAGGGAGGCGUAAAUAUACUGAUGAUUGCUCGUCAUCCCAAAAUAACUAUCAGCAUAUUGUGCAUUAAAGACUAGUGAUAAGUAACAGUGAGUUUCAUCUUUAAUCUUUAACGAUGGUACUGUAGGUUCAAUUUACUGAUCAGAAAUUACAAUGUGGGUAAAUAUCAUUGAAAAGCACCAUUACUAUCACAUUAUGUGUGGUACAAUCAAUAUUUGGUCUAUAACAUUGUGAUAUUUUGAGUUUGUCAGUAUCAUAUUCAUCAUUUAGCAUUUAAUGCAGAAAAAGGCCACAGUCCUGACAGCCCUGCAAAGACACAACACAAACAGAUUUUCCAACAGUGAAUAUUGCACCACAAUUACUGUAUUUGUCAGAACUGGAGAAAGGGUGAAUGUUAAAUUAUUUAUUUGUCUGUUCUGCAUGUGUUGUUUGUGCAAAAUCCACAGUAUUUAAAUAAAAGCAUGUUAAUACUUUGA